AUGGGGAAUAUUUUCGUCCUUGAGUCUGCUCUCUUGGCGCGAGCCGUUGCAGUUGUCCAGGAGUGCACGGAUGACAACAACCCCAGGUCACUGACUUGGAGUCGAUUUAUGAUCCGUCCGUCACAGUCGAUAUACGCGCCGGCCUACGCUACUACUACCAAUGUACCCUAUUAUAUUGCCUUCUCAACUCGCAAGGGCGUAAUUGCUCUGGGUUUACUCUAUCUCGCUGUGUAG